CAGCACCGCGAUCUGUACUUUCUCCAGUUCCCCAAUGUUGUUUUUGUGAAUUGUAAUUUAUCUCAGGUGAGAGCACACCAAAAGGCAAUUGGUCCAAACAGUACUCAAGAGCAGUGGUGGACUGACAACUCAUGGGGCCCCCGGGCAAUAGGGGAUCGUGGGGCCCGUGUCCUUGCCCAAACUCAAAAAAGCCUAUGAAAAAGGUACCAGGGGCAUCUCAUGGGGCCCCCUACUGACCCGGGGCCCUCGGGCAGUGCCCGAGUUUCCAAAUGGUCUGUCCGCCCCUGCUCAAGAGAACU